AUGUCAGAUAAUCCAAAUCAAAAACAAUUAGAAGAACUUGCAAGGUUGGAGUCAUACAAUAUUAAAAAACUUGAUCCUAAAGUUGGAGGAUAUCUUUCAAAUGUCCGUACAAUGACUUCUUUAGGUCCAUUGGACUUAAUGGAAUUAUGGCAUGUUCUUGGGGCUGGCAGGGAAUGUAAAUUUAUGGCCAUCAAUGUAAAAACUGGAGAAUUAAAGUAUAAGUCUGGUAAAAUUUACUGUCUUGGAUUUGAAGAAGAUUCAACUUUAUUAGAAUUGAGCUUACAUCCUCAAAAGGGUAGAUUGGAUUUAAUUAUUUGUCAAAAUCAACAAGUUUUUGCUAGAAAUGGAACAAAAAUUGAUGACGGUAAAUUCAAAUAUAAACUUGAUUACACUUUGUCAGAUGACGCUUAUCAUUUACCACUUUAUAAGGAUCGAGUAUUGGUACCAGGGAUUUAUUUUAGAGCUCAGAGCAUUAUUAAGGGUGCUACAGAAAAUGAUGAAGCUGCUGCAGUGGUCCGUCAUUGGUUGGAAACACUCGGUAUCGAUCUUUCCUUGACUCAAACAUUUAUUAACUUGCUUGGUUGUUUUUGCAAGUAUGGUAAUAUUUAUGAAAAUGAAAUUUUGGUUAAUGGAAAUUCUAAAGAAUUUUUUAAAGCAAUAUUUAACAAGUUAGAUUUCACUUACACAAAUCUGGGUAAUGGUUUACAUUUAACGGCUUUAAAUGACAAAAACAAAAUUUUUAUUGAUAAUAUAAGAUUUUUAUUUGGAAUUGAUUCUACUAACGAGGUUGAUCCUGUUACUAGUGGAAACAUUAGGUUGAUACCCGAACUUAUUUUCAAUUUGGAUAAAGUAGCUGCUUAUUCAUUUUUGUUGGGAAUGAGUGGUCAUAAUCAUGAUUAUAAGGAAAAGAUAAGAGUUAAUACAGACCAUACUAUUUUGGUAGAUCAAAUACAAAGGUUGGGUGCUCAUGCAGGAGUUUUCUGUUCCAUAGAUGAAACUCCUCAAUUUUGGAGAGUUAAUAUAUGUACCGAAUUGAAGGACAAGGAAAAAUCAUUUCCAAUCUUUACUCCAGAUAACAUUAAACGUAUAAUGGUGAAGGAAAAUUUUAUUUACUCAAUACAAUUUGAUGAAGAAGAUGAAUUUGAUCAUCUUUUGGUUAAUUCAGCUUUCAGGGAUGAAACAACACUCUUAUUUACAAGAAUGGAUAGACCAAUUUUAGUUAAAAGUUACAGUGCUGGUAGUCAUUCAAGUCCUGAAUAA